AUGGCGGCCGUGAACGGGUUCAUUGCCGCUCCAGAUUCGCUGGAUGCAAUUGACUACGACCCGAUUGACCAUUUGAACGCCCUCUUCUCCAAUCCGUCUACCCUGACCGCCGCGCCUCACGUCUCUGCCUCCCUCAAACAAUACUCGUCCACCCUCGAUACCGAGAUCUCGACCCUCGUCACGGCGCAAACGACAUCCGACUCUGAUUCCGUGGAGCGCAUUCAAAAUGCCAAAACGGAGCUCGCCGAGUUGUUCGCCAAGAUUGAGGGUGUGCGCGAAAGAGCGCUGGAGACUGAGAGGACGAUUACGGAGAUGACGGCGGAGAUCAAGAGAUUGGACAGCACGAAGCGGAAUCUGACACUCUCCAUGACUGCGUUGAAGAGACUGCAGAUGUUGACGACGGCUUAUGAGCAGCUGCGGGGUCUGAGAUCUACGAGGCAGUAUCGAGAAUGUGCACAUCUACUGCAGGCAGUCAUCCAGCUCAUGGCGCAUUUCAAGAGCUAUCGAAGUAUAGAUCAGAUUGCGGCUUUGAGCAAGAAUGUUGCGGAUGUGCAAAGAGAGUUGUUGGAGCAGGUCUGCGAGGACUUCGAAAUUGCAUUCGCCAAGGGCGAAGCACAGCAGAAACGAGGGAUGCUGGGCGAGGCAUGUCAGGUCAUGGAUGCGCUGGGCGAGCACGCAAGAAGCAGGCUGAUUACAUGGUACUGCAACACACAACUGCGCGAGUACCGCCAAGUCUUUCGCGGUAAUGACGAAGCCGGAAGCCUGGACAACAUCUCGAGGCGUUACUCCUGGUUCAACCGCAUGCUCAAAACCUACGACGCUGAGCAUGCGAUGCUGUUCCCACCAAGCUGGAAAGUGAACGAGAUGCUGACGAAUGCAUUCUGUGAGAGUACGAGGGAUGAUUACAAGGGCAUUUUGCAGCGAUCGAUGCGGCGGGCCGACGGGCAGCCACCAGAUGUGAAUCUGCUGCUUUCUUGCUUGCAGGAGACACUGGAUUUCGAGCAUAGUCUGGAGCGUAGGUUCUCGUCUGGAGAGUCGAGAUCGUCGAUGGACACCGUCACUUCCGGGGACGACAGGCGGCAUGGCUUCAGUCAAGCCAUUUCCGAGGCCUUUGAGCCGUAUCUGAGUAUAUGGGUCGAAUCGCAGGACAAGCAACUCGCCACACUCAUUCCACGGUACCGACAACAACAAAUCCGUAACCAGGAAGAAGAGUUCCAUGCUCAGAUGGUGACACCAUCUUCAACAGAACUCUUCCACAGCUACCGAGUCACGCUCGCUCAAUGUGCGAAGCUUUCGACAGGAAGUAGGCUCCUCGAACUGUCAAAAACGUUCGCCAAAUACCUCGAUGCAUAUGCACAGCAAGUGCUGUUCUAUUUUCUCUCUGAGAAGACUGGUGGACCAAGCGUGGAAGAUGCCGUCAUCAUUCUUAAUACUGCCGACUACUGCUACACUACGACAAAUCAGCUCGAGGAGAAGAUCAAAUCACGGAUCGACGAAGACUUGCGAGAGCAAGUGGACCUGCAAUCUCAAGCCGACACCUUCAUGGGUGUAGCAUCUGCGGCAAUUCGUGGCCUCGUGCACAAGACUGAAGCAGAUUGCGAACCUGCUUGGCGAAGCAUGCGGUCCGUCCCCUGGAGCAAGAUGGAGAGCGUGGGCGAUCAAAGUGAUUUUGUGUCGACACUCCUCCAACGAGUCAAAGAGCGCGCCAAGACUAUUCUCAUCCACCUCUACAAGCCGCAGUACGCUCGUGCCUACUGCGACAACCUCGUUGACGCCCUCACCACGUCGUACAUCACGAACAUCGUCGCCUGCCGUCCAAUUUCGGAAACAGGCGCUGAGCAAAUGCUUCUGGACUCCUACGUCCUCAAAAAGGGCUUUUCUGAACUUGCCACCCUCAACGCCGAGACUGGCACUCCCCUUAAUGCCGCUUUUGUCAAAAGAGUCAAUCAAGCCAUGGCGAGGCUCGACCCAAUCCUCAAGACUCUGCAAGUCCGCUCGUCGCCGCCAGAAGGUCUCGUCCAGGCAUACCUAAUACAUAUCCGAGAUCGUUCAGAGCCAAAUUUCCGCAAGGUUCUUGAACUCAAAGGCGUCGCUCGAAAGCAAGAUCAAGCUCACCUCGUCGAGCUGUUCAAUGCGCACAAGUCCAGUCCCGCGAACGAGAACUUGCAAGUGUCGAAUUCACUAAUUGCAGGUCUCCAGCUUCACACCCAACCUUCUGUGAGCACGAGUACUUCGGUCCCUGGACUUGGACUUGGCGCGCUGAAAGACAGCGCAGCAAGCCAUUCCACCCCGUCUCUCGUGCCGGGCAGGUUUGACCUUUCAACCACCAAUUUUGGGACAGGCUUGAUGAACGCAGUCAGAGACGCUGGUGACCGUUUCGCAAGCCCAGGCCUAGGUGCUUCAGGAAGCGUAACUACCAACGUCGCCAGCAGGACUACGUCUCCUCCACCCAGCACCGGUGGCGUUGGCGACGGUGGAAGUCUGAAUGAGAACUUGAGAAACUUGGGUAGGUUCUUCAAACGAUCUGAGGGUGGGAAUGCUGCUGGCUUUGGCGGCUUUGGCGGUCGGUGA